AUGCGCUUCUUCGCUGCUGCUCUCGCCCUCGCGGCUCCUCUGGCCGUUUCCGCCAUCGAGUUCACCAGCCCUUCGCUGAACUCCACCGUCACCAAGGGUUCCAGCUACGAGCUGAGUUGGAACACCGUCGACACGGACCCCUCCGUCUUCAGCGUCUACCUCGUGAACUUUGUCAACUGGCCGCCUUCUUACACUCUUUUGGCUCAGAACAUUGAGACUGCUUCCGGCGCCGCCACUGUCCAGGUCCCUUGCUCCGAGAUCAGCUCCGGUGGCUACCAAUUCAACGCCAUCAACGGAACCAACGUCUACGUGAUCUACGCGCAGACGCCCAAGUUCGCCAUCUCCGGCGACGACUGCACCGACCCCACCCCGAUCCCGGCCGAGCCCUCCACCUGCGCGCCGCCGGCCACCGUCACUGUCACGGUGAGCAAGACCCUUUCCAGAAACUCCACCGCGGCGGCGACGGGCUCGGCGGCCCAGCAAAUCACUCCGACGCCCGCCGUCGUCACCCAAGUUACCACUGUUUUCCAUGGCACUUGUCCUGACACCAUUGGAUGGUCUUCAGGCUACCAUCACCCCGUGACUCUGACAAAGCCCCCCGUUGCCCCCAACGCCCCCGAGGUCACCAAGGUCCCUGGCAAGGGCACCUUCAACUUCGCCGACGACGACGACGACGACGAUGAGGACGUGACGACCGUCUACAAGACUACUUACCUGCCUCUGUCGCUGGCCCCGACCGCCUGCGGCUGCUAA